CACCAAAUACAGCAGGCACGUGGUCAGAAGUCUUUGCUGUGCUUUGUGUGUGAGUGAGUGAGUGAGUGCGGGUAUUGGGGGGAGUGACUGGGAAGCAGGACUUGUUUGAUCGUUGCAUCCUGUUGUGAAACGGCGUGUGUGCUGUUGUGUGUGCGUGUUGUGUGUCUGCGAGGUGUGUUUGUUGUCAGAUCAAGUUCGAGUAUGAAGAGAGGCAAGAAGGCAGAGGAGGCGGUCGCAGAUGGGGAAAAUGACAAUGGCUCUGCUACUGCAAAAAAAGCCAAGAAGGCUAAAGAACCAGAGGCCCCAGUUCUGUACGAUGAUCCUCCUGACAAGAUGACCAGCAAAGAUGGACGAGAGGCCAACAUGAAGAUCACCUCCUGGAAUGUCGACGGGCUGAGGGCCUGGGUGAAAAAGAAGGGCUUGGAUUGGGUGCGUGAGGAGAAUCCAGAUGUUCUGUGCCUGCAAGAGACCAAGUGUGCAGAGAAAGACCUCCCUGCUGACAUCACCUCAAUGCCUGAGUACCCACACAAGUACUGGGCUGUCUCAGAUGACAAGGAGGGUUAUAGUGGUGUGGCCAUGCUUUGCAAGACUGAACCCAUCAAAGUGACCUAUGGUAUUGGCAAAGAGGAGCAUGACAAGGAGGGUCGCGUCAUCACUGCUGAGUUCCCCAACUUCUACCUGGUGACCGCCUAUGUGCCAAAUUCCGGAAGAGGCCUUGUGCGCCUAGAUUACCGCAAAACCUGGGACGUCGACUUCCGGGCAUACCUGAGUGAGCUGGAUGUGCAGAAGCCCCUGGUGCUGUGCGGCGAUCUCAACGUUGCGCACCAAGAGAUCGACCUGAAGAACCCCAAGGGGAACAAGAAAAAUGCAGGCUUCACCCCCGAGGAGCGCGAGGGCUUCAGCCAGCUGCUGGAGGCCGGUUUCACCGACAGCUUCCGCGAGCUCUAUCCUGAGCAGACCAACGCCUACACCUUCUGGACCUACAUGAUGAACGCCCGCUCAAAGAACGUGGGAUGGAGGCUCGAUUACUUUUUGCUGUCGUCCUCCUUGCUGCCAGGCCUAUGCGACAGCAAAAUCCGCAACAAGGCGAUGGGAAGCGACCACUGCCCCAUCACUCUGCACAUAGCCAUGUAGGUCACAGUGUGGGCAGCAGGUCACUGCUUUUCUUUAUACUUCUGGCUCAAACUAUCAUGUAUGCUGAUGUGUGCUCUGUCAGAGUGAGGCAACACCUGCUUGGGCAGUCAAGUCUCGAGUCUGUUGAAAUUUCUCAUGGGUUAAGUGCUGCCCUAUCUCACUCUUUCAGUGAAGUCAGCAGUAGCUUAGUUGUCUAGUACUUUUCUUUUUCACAUGAAAGUUUCAUAAAAUCACAUUACAUAACACCCAUAUGUCCACUUCCUGUAAUUGAAGCUUGUCAGUAAACCCAUGAUGUACACCUGGAAUUCAUCUUGGCAAUUCUGUAAAAAUACAACACUAAAUACCAAAAGAUGUCUAAGCUGAUUUUCACUUUUUACCCAUGGCCAGCUAUAAAACUGUUUCUCCUUGUGUGUUACUGAAAUUAAACUACUGCUGUUAAGAGAAAAUGUAUCUGUUGUAGCACAAAAUGUUCUAAGCCUCCUUUCCAAACCAGUGUUCAUUUUUUCUGUGGUAAAAUGCAGUCCAUUUCUCAAUAAAGACUGAAUUUAUGUAGAA